AUGGUUCACAUCGACUCGAUUGAUGAGGUACAGAAUAAUGUUACUGAUGAAUGGUUUCAAUUUCAAAUUGCAGACCUCUUGGAAGUCCUUAAACAGUGGAAACUAAAAUACGGCAAAGUUUAUCGGUUGUGGAGUUUCAACACAUGUAUAUUAGUUGUACAAGAUGCAGAAUAUAUUGAGAGCAUUCUAAGUAGUCCACGUCUCCUUCAGAAAGCAUUUUUCUAUGAUCAAUUAUCAGUAUGGCUGGGUGAUGGUUUGCUAUUGAGUAAGGGAACCAAAUGGCAAAAACGUCGUAAGAUUUUUAUACCCACAUUUAAUAUUAAAAUUCUCGAACAGUUUGUGAAAAUCUUUGACCAACAGUCACAAGUUAUGGUGGAUAAUCUGCGAGAUAGAGCCAAUGGUGAAACUACUAUUGAUAUAGUGAAUGUGGCAUGUUCAACGUCUUUGAAUAUUUUACUUGAAACUGCUAUGGGUGUCAAAAUUUCUGCCCAGAGUGCUGAUGGAAUAGCGUAUAUAAAGGCUUUAAAGAGUUUAACACAUAUUGUAGGAGCUCGCUUUUUAAAACCGCUACAGUAUUUGGAUUUCACUUUUAAGCUACUGUCAUUUAAAGCGUAUCGUACACUUCAAAAAAAUGUUCAAAUAUUACAUGGGUUUACCGAAAAAGUUAUCAAUGAAAGACGAAAUGAAUUGAUGAAAUCUAUUGCAGAUGGAAAUGAAAACGAGCGUGACAUCAGGAAACGCAUGACAUUUUUAGACGUUCUCCUGCAAGCGACCAUCGAUGGACAACCGCUAACGAAUGAAGAUAUACGAGAAGAAGUAGAUACAUUUACAUUAGGAGGUCAUGAUACGAUCACUUAUGCCACAUCAUUCACUUUAUAUCUAAUAUCUCGUCAUCCGGAAGUUCAACAAAAAGCUUUUGAUGAAGUUUUAAAAGUCAUUGGCCCCGACAAAAAUAAGCCCGUGAGUAUGAGGGAACUGCAAGAGCUCAAGUAUUUGGAAUGUGUUAUUAAGGAAUCAUUACGCUUAUAUCCUCCGGGACCAGCUAUAGGCAGAAUAACAGUGGAAGAUCAUAAAAUGGGUGAUAAAAUUAUACCCUCCAAUACCAACAUUGUAUUACUGACUUAUGCCGUAGGUCGCGACCCUGACUACUUUUCCAGACCCAAUGAUUUUCUACCCGAACGCUUUGCUUCUGUUAAUGGUGAGAAAAUUAAUCCAUAUACCUUUCUUCCAUUUAGUGCUGGUCCUCGUAAUUGUAUGGGACAAAAAUUUGCAAUGUUGGAAAUGAAAUCCAUUGUCAGUUGUAUAUUGCGGCAUUAUGAGCUUUUGCCUUUGGGACCUGAUGUGGUCAGAAUAAUAAGUAUGGUUAUGAAUUCGGCAACAGGUAUAAACAUAGGUUUAAAGCUUCGGGAAUCUUAA